GCGGGGUCUACCAGCACCACGCGCAACGAGAGGUCUGCGCUUCGCGGGCCAAGUACCGGGAGGGGCGGAGGCCCCGCGCUGUGAAGGUGAAAGGUUCUUGGGCAAGCACAUCUUGUGAAAUACAGUCCUCUGCUUGAUACAGUGUGGAAGCUGCUGCCAGCAAGGGUGUAUACUAUCAACUUAGAGUCUCGAUACUUGUUGAUACAAGGUGUUCCUGCCUUGGGAGUAAUGAAGGAAUUAGUUGAGCAGUUUGCAUUAUACGGCACCAUUGAAGAAUAUAAUCCAUUAGAUGACUACCCAGCAGAAGAAUUUACAGAAGUUUACCUUAUCAAGUUUCAAAAGAUACAAAGUGCAAGGGUAGCCAAGAGAAAAUUGGAUGAGCGGAGUUUCUUUGGUAGUUUGCUGCAUGUGUGUUAUGCCCCAGAAUUUGAAACUGUACAGGAAACCAGAGAGAAACUACAAGACCGACGGAAGUAUAUAGCAAAAGUAACUUGUUGCAAAGAUCAGUUACAAGUGAAGAAACAGAAUUUGAACACGUGUUUUAAAAAGACCUUUCAGCCAGAUGCUCCUGCAUUUCAUACACCUGAAGUAGCCACUAAUACCUGGAAUCUGCCUACAUAUGUUCCUGAUCCUCAGCAGUCACCCUGUUAUAAACUGCCAUUGAGGAAUACAGCCUCUGUUUCCAAAGAGUGCUGUCAGAGUACGUUGAUAGCACCUCAGUUCACUCGUGACUGUGCUGAAGCAUCUGAGUACUGUAGCCAGAAAACACCAACGCCCCAGAGUAUGCAUCGGGGAACAUGUAACAUACCAGCCCAUUGCAGUCUGCAGAGAAAAUUUGCUUGUGACAAAGGACUCAAUAGAUUUAUGCCUCGAACAACUCAGCUACAGGAACGAAAAAGACGACGAGAUGAAGGCACCAAAUUUGCCCUUAUUGGAAAAGAUAUUAAUAAUACAGAAAUAAUUAUUGGUCCAAGGCUACCAGAAGUGCCUAAAAUAGAUAUGGAUGAUGAAUCACUGAACACCUCAGCAAGCUUAAUUCGAAAUAAACUUAAGGAGGUUACGCAUCCUGUUCAAGCUCCGGAACUACCAGCCGAGAAUAGUCAAACAAAGCCGACAGUGAAACAAAGACGACGAAUAUAAAUACUAGUAGCAUUUUCUGUGUCUAAGAGAUACUAUUUUGAUUGUUUACAAAGCAAUGUAAUAUAGCUUGAUUUUACAAAAUUAAAAUACUUUUUGUACAUUC